AUGGCGGCAUCACAGGGUGAUCCCGCAGCUAUCCUCGACCCCAAGGACUAUGCUAUCGUCUGGAUUGCACCCCUCGAGAUCGAAGCCAAGGCCGCCUUGUGUAUGCUCGACGAGCAACACCAAGGCCGAUUUGCAGUGGAUCACGGCGAUGAGUACGUGUUCCACGCGGGUAGCAUGUGCGGCCACAAUGUCGUCAUAGCGACUUUCCCAGCUGGCCAGGAGUAUGGCACAGGACCUGUCCUGCAGUCCACCCGCGACAUCCGCCUCGGCGAUGUGCUCGUCAGUCUCCCUGAGGGCGAGAGAGCCGGGAUCAUCGCGUACGAUCUCGGCAAAGAGACGGACGACGGAUUUCAACCCCUACGGUACGGACACGUCUUGACCACGACCAAGCCGAUAGUACGGUCGGCAAUCGGCAGAAUUAAGAUAGAAGCACCAAACGACGCUGCAAUCUUCCUUCCCUAUUAUGAGACGAUCCGCGAUAGGGAGCACGCGACUGGCACCUUUACCGACCCUGGGCAGGAUCACGACAGACUUUACUCAACAACAACCGAAGGCAAGCCGGGCGCAGCCAUCGAACGCGCUCGAAGGCCAGACAUAGCCCGCACACGUGUGUGGUACGGGCCGAUUGGAUCGGGAGAUAAGCUAUUGAAAAAUGCACAGAAACGGAACGAGCUCAGGGACAAACACGGGGUUAUUGGCCUCGAGAUGGAGGCGGCAGGGACGAUGAACCGAAUACCCGUAGGAGUUAUCCGGGGGGUGUGCGACUAUGGCGACCAGCAGAAAAACAAGGAGUGGCAGCCGUACGCGGCGGCGAUGGCGGCUGCAUCCAACGGCGGCAUCGGCAAGACGCAGAUUGCGCUACGGUUUGCUUACGAUAUCAAAGCUAGCCGGCCCGACUAUUCCAUCUUCUGGGUACCAGUUCUGAGUUAUGGCAGCGUAGAACAGGCGUAUGUCGAGAUGGCCAGGAAGCUAGGUGUCCAGAAGAAGACCGACGACGAAGAUAUCAAGGAACUGGAGUUGUUCUUCGGAUCUGAAGACAAGGCUGGUAUCGAGGAGUAUCUUCCUAAGAGCGAGAACGGGCUGAUCCUGUUGACGACGCGAUCGAGAGAGGUAGCUGUGCAGUUUGCACAGACCAAUACUGUUGACAUUGAAGCAAUGGACUCGAAGGAGGCAACACUGCUUUUCAAGAAGUCUCUCACGCAGGGACAGACACCCCAGGACGAAGCACUACUGGAAGAUCUCCUUAUCCAACUGACUUAUCUUCCACUCGCAAUCACCCAGGCAGCAGCAUAUCUCAAUCAGACCAAG